AGAAGUAGACGAACACAAAAUCGUCAUGGCAAGAAAAAGAAAGCCUUCCUUUUUCAAGGUUCUUAUAGGUGACUUCUCUGACAAGCUGAGAAUCCCACAGGCUUUUCGUAAGCAUUUGGCUGCAAGUGUACUUCAACAAUCCCAUCUUCGGACCCCUGCUGGAACUUGGCUUGUUGAUGUGAAAAGCGAUAACGGCAGGUUCUUUUUACAAAAGGGUUGGAAGCAAUUUGUGCAUGAUAAUGGUUUAAAGCUUGGAGAGUUUCUAAUUUUCCAAUAUGCUGGAAAUUCAAAAUUCUAUGUUGACAUAUAUGGAAGACAUGGUUGCAAAAAGGAGUUUGUAAUGCCGGCUAGGAGAAGUGAAAAACCAUUUAAAAAGAGGCACGGUAAUGAAAGUCAUAGAACAAACGCUGUUAUGAGUUCCAGCAUAUAUCCAAAGAAGAAGAUGGAUUAUCAGAAGUUAAAAGGUUCAGCUGGUGAAAAUAAAACUAGUCAAGAAACUAUUUCCGUCAAAUCUGAACCAAGUGAUUUUGAAUUGGAAACAUCUAUGGAUAUUGACGAGUCAAUUAGAAAUAUGAAUUCUAGAGAGACUUUGUCUUUCCAGCCUCAAGUGGCAAAUAGUGCUCUAGAAGCAGCCAACAGAUACUCAUCGAACCAUCCUUGCUUCAGAACUCUUUUGACCGAAACUUAUGUGACCAAAGGAAUUCUGCAUAUACCAUGUACCUUUGUGAAAGAUUAUAUUAAGAUAAAGAAAAGGACAGCUGAGCUUCAAGUUUCAAACAGGUUGUGGUCUGUGAAGUGGAUAAAUGACUCUCGCUCAAGUAGAUUCUCUCAAGGUUGGAAUGAGUUUGUAAGGCAGAAUGAUCUGAAAGUGGGAGAUGUUUGUGUCUUUGAGCUGAUUAAGCAGACGAAUGAUGUUGUGAUGAUGAAAGUUUCUUUUUUCAGAUGUUGAUUUGUCGGUCAAUUCAGACAAAUUAACUAGUGAUUUUGUAACU